AUGAAAAUCCAAUGCAUUAAAAAAGGUAUAAAAUCCUUUCAUGAGGUAUAUCUGAUUUAAUUAUUUUAAGGAACUUCGCUAGGUCAUGUUUUUUAAUAAUAUAACACAUGUAUAUUCAAUCUCAUCAAUUAUGAUUUAAUUUUAUGUAUUGAUCAGCAUAAGACUCUAUUUUAAUAUAGAGUCUGAUAACAUAUUUUCAUAUUUGCCAUAUUUUGCCCAUCUUUCAAAAAAUAUUGAAGGCCAACUUGAAAUAUUAUUAUUUUUUUUAAGGUAAAAAUAUAUGGAUUACAUUCAUCAAAUAUUUUUAAUCAUAUAUAAUUGUUUUUAACAUUAAAAUAAUAAUGUUGAUCAGCAACAGAAAAUAUAAUAAAACAAAAAUAUUCAGAAAAUAAGCUCAAAUGGUAUUUAACAAAUUGAAAAUAUUAGAAAGAACCUAACAAAAGACUCAAAUACUAUAUAGUUCAGUUCUCCUUUUAAUGAUAAAUUGUGUAUUUUAUUGA